CCUUGAUGUCAGAAGUAAAACAUUCGAACAAGUAGUUUAUUCAUUGUCGCAAAUCCAAUAACAGAUCUCCUUUGCCGUUGAAAAAUGGCCAUUAAUCAAUACAUAUGACAUCCAUAUUUCUCUGUAGUUUGAAAGCCAUCAGCCAGUCGAACUUGUGCCAAUUCUCCCAGUUAAUAAAACAAUAGAAAUUGUUCUAUGGAGAAGGUUGUGAUAAGGGUGGUUGGUUUUCAACUCCUAAACAUCCUUUUGUUGUUUGUGAUCACCUGCUUGUCCGAAGACACGGUGCCCGCUAGUUUUGUUUUUGGAGAUUCAAUAGUUGACGUCGGAAACAAUAACUAUAUUGUGUCUCUCGCAAAGGCUAAUUAUCCACCACACGGAGUUGAUCUUGGUAGAGCAACCGGAAGAUUCACGAAUGGAAAAACAAUUGCUGACAUUAUAGGUGAGGAACUCGGAUUCAUCGAAUUUACGCCGCCUUUCUUAUCACCAAACACAACCGGUCAGAUAGUGUUGAAGGGGGUCAACUAUGCCUCAGCUGCAGCAGGGAUUUUGAAUGAGACAGGAAUGAACUUUGUUGGUAGGAUCAGCUUUGAUGCCCAGAUUGAAAAUUUUGCGAAAACUAGGCAAUACAUAAUGAAGACACUUGGUGAAUCAAGGGCAAUGACGUUGCUUUCUACUGCUCUUUUCUCAGUAACAAUCGGCUCAAAUGACUUCAUCAAUAACUAUCUAAUACCAGUUGCCACAAACAUCGCGCAGACAACUACACCUCCAACGAAUUUUGUCGCAGCUAUGAUAUCAAGAUACCGAAUUCAACUCAUGAGACUAUACAAUAUGGGUGCUAGAAAAAUUAUUGUAGUCAACGUUGCGCCGGUCGGAUGCAUACCAUCUCAAAGGGAGUUGUAUAAUCUGUCUACUGCGGAUGGUUGCGCUGCUUUUCCGAAUCAACUUGCUCAGAUGUUCAAUAACCAAUUAAGGAUUCUUGUUUCAAAUCUUUCAACCAGCUUCGAAGAAUCAGAUUUUGUUUAUGCAGAUGCUUACCGCAUUGUGUAUGAUCUUAUUCAAAACUAUAGUGCCUACGGAUUUGACAAUGCCGAUUCAGCUUGUUGCCACCUUGCUGGAAGAUUUGGGGGCUUAGUUCCAUGUACCCCAGCAUCAGAAGUUUGUGAAGACAGAUCAAAAUAUGUGUUUUGGGAUACAUACCAUCCAACUGAAGCGGCUAAUCUCUUCAUUGCUAAACGUUUGCUUGAUGGUGACUCCAUGGACAUUUGGCCGAAGAAUAUCAGACAUUUGAUUUCAUCUUCUUCUUAGUUGUUGAUUUAUUACUAUUAGCAUCAAUAGAUCACCCUUAAAAGGAUGAAUUCUUCAAAAUGUUGACGUAAAUGUCAGAAAGAUUUUCGUCCUUUUAAUUAAAAAAUGAAAUAACA